GGGACCCCAGGUCUGCCAGGCCCACAAGGCCCUAAAGGGGAUAAGGGAGAUCCAGGGCGUGAGGGACAACGUGGGCUGCCUGGUGUACCAGGUUCUGCAAGUGCAGCUGUGAAAGGUGAUCCAGGUGCUCCCGGACCGCCAGGACCAAGAGGCCCUCCUGGAGAUGUUGGACCUAGAGGUAUUCAAGGACCAGAAGGAGCAGCAGGAGAACAAGGACUAAAGGGUGACAAAGGUGACAAAGGAAGUGUGGGACCCCAAGGUCCUAGGGGAUUUCCGGGCACAGAAGGAAGACCAGGCCCGCCAGGUCCACCUGGUCCCAUAGGCCCACCGGGUCCUGCAGGUGUGCCAGGCAGAGGUGUUAAUGAUAGCCGAAUAGAAAAGAUUGUUCCUGGACCUCCAGGCUUACCAGGUGCUCCAGGACCUAAGGGUUCUAAAGGUGAUCCAGGAAACAGAGGCCUCCCUGGCAUAAAGGGAGACAGGGGUGAUCCAGGAAUAGUAGGAAAACCUGGCAAAAGUGGUGCUCCUGGUAUACCUGGUGAUAAAGGAAGACAAGGUGAUCCGGGAAGUAAAGGGGAGCCGGGAGUUCAAGGAAUUAUUGGCCCUGCAGGACCACCUGGUUUACCUGGGACUCAGGGGAUCCGAGGGCUAAAAGGUGAACCAGGGUUCAAAGGUGAAAUGGGUAAUCCG